AUGUUCGCGCGUACUGCCGUGCUGUCGCUCGCUCUCUCAUACGUCUCUGGCAGCGUUGCUGCACUUGACUUGGACGUCAGCAGCAGAGACUCGAUUGUUUCUGUAACAAAGACGCUCGCUAAUGAGAUCGUCACAUUCUACAAGGAGACCCUCUCGCGUACUGGAAUCCCCGGCAUCUUGCCUCGCCCCUACAACUGGUGGGAAGCCGGCGUUGUGUUCAAUGGCUUGAUUGAAUACUCAAACCUAACCAGCGACACACAAUAUGACUCGUUAAUCUCGGAAGGCAUACUAUGGCAGAAAGGCGAAAACCACACCUUCAUGCCGCUCAAUCAAACGGAACAUCCGUUAAAUGACGAUCAGUGCGCCUGGGCCCAGACAGCGAUGACUGCUGCUGAAUUUGGGUUCCCAAUUCCUAACAACGAGUCGUGGGUCGAUAUGGCUAUCGAUGUGUUUGACGCCCUUACCAUGCGAUGGGACAGUGGGUAUUGUGAUGUUGGUCUUCGUGUGGAAAGAUACUUUAAAGAAGGAUAUGAUUAUGCACAAACAUCCGCAAACAGCGACUUCUUUUUACUGGCUUCUCGUCUGGCACGCUUCACCGGCAACGACACGUAUGCUGAGUGGGCGGAGAAGAUCUUUGACUGGGCAAAAGAGAUUGGCUUAAUUACGGACGAUUACAACGUCUAUGGCGCUAGAAGGGAUUGUACCACGAUCAACGACAUCCAGUGGACAUAUGAGCACGGUCUGUUGACCGAAGGUGCAGCUGUGAUGUACAACAUUACAGGAGGAAAGCAAAAAUGGGCCGACGCAGUCAAGGGGCUUGUGAACACGACAUCGGUCUUCCUUGAAGAUGGCAUUUUCACGGAGACUGUCUGCGACGAGGGCGGCCGCUGCGAACCGGAUAAUCGGGCGUACAAAGGCGUCGCCGCUCGCUCCUAUGCCCGCGCCGUGGUAGCCGCACCCGCGGUGGCGGAUUCCCUUGACAAGAUGUUGGUAAUUGCUGCUGAAGCCGCGGUCGCAGCAUGUAAUCACACUGGGACAGCAGAAGUGCGAUGCUCGCAGUCCUGGGUCGAAGGAGGCAGAUGGUCGGAGUUUGGCAAGGCUAGUGACGGCAACCUGGGGGACAUUUUCAAUGCAAUGGAGGCUGUGCAGGGUCUGCUAUAUUUGCCAGCAAAGGCACGAGUACCUAUGAAUAUCACGGGCGGACCGGAGGAUAAGGGGGAUACCGGCGCAUCGGAGAAGGCGGAUGGUGCGAGUGGUGCGGGUGCGAGGGCAGCGGGCAUCACGGCCGUCUUGGCUGUCGCUUUCGCGGCGGCCCUGAUGUGCUAG